CCUGCGGUCGGCGCGGUCCGGGGAGGGACCAGCGGACUGCGCAGGUCCUGAGCAGCAUGGCUGUGCCCGGUGUCAGACUGCUCACGGGUGCUCUGAGAAAGCCAGAUGCCUGGACCCGACUCUGGGGUGCGAUUCAAGGGACAUCGUCACACAAACUUUGCGCUUCCUGGAACCGAUACUUAUAUUUUUCCAGUACCAAGUUAAACACAUCAAAUUAUAAAACACAUUUCCGUAACAUUUUCUCUCUGCGACUCCCAGAGCUUUUAGUAUCUCCAGAAUGUAUUUUUCCAUUUUCUAUACGACUCAAAAGCAAUAUAAACUCCAAAAACUCUACUAAAAAGAGCCUGCAAAAAGAUGCAGAUGAAGAGGACUCGGAUGAGGAGACCAGUCACCCCAAGAGGAGUGGGACGGAGGAGGAGCUUGAGGAGGAGCCUGGUGCAGUCAAGGACUACAAAGACCUGGAGAAAGUGGUACAGUCUUUCCGGUAUGACAUCAUCCUCAAGACAGGCCUUGAUAUUGGGAGAAACAAAGUAGAAGAUGCAUUCUACAAAGGUGAACUCAGACUGAAUGGGGAAAAAUUGUGGAAGAAAAGCAGAACGGUGAAGGUGGGAGAUACUUUGGAUCUCCUCACUGGAGAGAACAAAGAGGCAGGAACAGAGACGGUGAUGCGGAUUCUCCUGAAAUCCGUCUACGAAGAGAAGACUGAGAACGACAAGUACCGGGUGGUGGUGCGCCGGUGGAAGAGCUUAAAGCUGCCUAAGAAGACUGCGUCUAAAUAAACAUCCUUCUCCCAGGGCGUUUUUACUAAAAUAAAGUUCUCCUGUCGUUUGUGGGGUCACUGGAGCACUCGAUCUGUGGGUUUCCCUCUGGGGCUGGCCUGUGCUCCCUUAGAUCUGGCAUUCCGAGAGCCCCCUUGUGUACAGAGACCGAUUCUGGAGGAGGCCAGGCCAGAGAGAACAUUAUAGUCUGCCUGACAUUUCCCACAUCAACUGCCUCAGGAGUCACGGUAAAAUAAAUUGGCCUUGUUUCUUUGUG